AUGAGAACAGUCUUGCACUUCCUUCGAUGCGGAGAAUCUCCACAACGCUUGCUAUGGGGUUUUGUGUUUAUGCAGGAACAGCAGUCGACCGUGGCCAGCUCUUUCCGGUGGUAAGGAUCCAGGGGCCUCGGAUGGAGGGGUAUUGGCGGGGCAAUGUUGUGGUCGACAACUGGUGAAAUAGUGAUCACUAAGAGACAUAUCUUCCAGAUCAGCAUCGAUAUCCUCUCGUAGUUUCGUGCUCUUUGCCUACUGCACGCAAAAACGACGCACGAUCGUGUAGCAUUGACGACGUCUCGCGACUGAGCAAGUCCGAGUUCCGCCUAGCAGCUGUCCGAGCAACCUGAAUAUUGGACAAAACCGACAUCGACCUCUACUCCUGAAAGGCUUUGUUGCACUCGCAAACCAUGGCAUCGCAAGCUCUACGCGACAAGCAGGCGCCACUGAAAGCCUCGUACAAGGAAGAUGCAUCGGCUGCACUCAUCACGCUCAAGGCCUCCGGGAGUCUCGACUCCAGCAGCGUGACUUGCAAGCUCGACACCGGCAAGCAAAUGGCCCAAGCUCAGGAGAGAAUCGCGGGCUUGCAUCCCAAGUCUGGCGGUGAUGGUUUCGAGAUCUCUGGCGAGCUCUGCUCCGGAGAUUUGCUCCUGGAAGCGCUCGUGGCUUGUGCCGGGGUCACGUUGAAGGCGGUGGCUACUGCUAUGAACAUUCCGAUCACGAGUGGAACAGUGCGAGCAGAAGGAGAUUUGGACUUUCGUGGGACAAUGGGUGUGGACAGAGACGCGCCUGUGGGCUUCAAGGACAUCAGACUGUCGUUCGACCUCAAGUUCGAGCCAGGAGAAGAGGUUUCAGAUGAGAAGGUCGAGAAGCUGGGGAAACUGACUGAGAGAUACUGCGUUGUUCUACAAACUCUGGUGAAGAAGCCGCAGAUGAGCGUGCAAAUGCGAGGUAGUCAGUUGGACGCCGAAGACGGCAUUGAAAGGAGUACAAUUUGGGGCGCUAAGUGCUGAGUGCAAAUUGGUGGCCGGUCGUCAUCGCACAAGGCAAGGAGUCUUUCCCGGUUAGAGGUGGUCGCGCACAGAUGUCGACGCGUCUUGUAUGGAAAAGGCAGACCUCCGUGAUCAGUUUGAUCAGUAUUGCAACGCUCGAUGGUAUUGGAAAUUUGAACGAGGUGCCGCGGGGUGGCUUGAGACAAGCAGAACGCGUCUCAGGCAAUCCCUCUCCGAGAUGUCUUCGUGACACAUUGUCUCUCGCGGUGAGGUUGUUGUCGGAAUCCAUGACUCGCUGCACGUUCUUACCUUGGCAGCGAUAUUAAACAAUGCACUCUGAGCGCGUGCAGUAACACAGAAUCCUGCGGCGUGUGCCGGCGGUCGGCGACGUUCAUGCAAGUGUACCCC